CAUGUAUGUCAAACAAUAGCCGUUAGCAUUGCAUAGCCUUUGUAUCUUGUUCGUUGUAUGCUAAGGUUGUAGACACCGCAUGAAUUUGGUUUCCUUGACAAUGCUAUGGUCCGGGUGAUGUAUACAACCAUCAAGUUCAUUUAAUGAUCAGACUUGGGCGAGUACACCACACGUUCGGCUCACCUCUCGCUGCUAAAAACGGAGAAAGUAAUCUAACCGUUUGGGCACCUCAAAGUCAUAAAUAUGAGUGUGGAUGUUGAAUCUUUAGAUGUGGAUGCUACUCAGCUAUCAAAGUUAAAGCUGUAUGUAUCAGGGGGUAACGAUACUAUGUCACAAAAGACUUACAGUACAGUGACCCCUCCGCCAUCUCCACUCGAUGUCCAUGGCGAUGUUGACUCCAGGCCUCCUCAUUCCUAUGUCAGGAUUGUGAUCAUGUCCCUGCUGGACUGCCCAGGUCAUGAAGCUACGAUAAGGGAGAUCUAUGACAUGAUCACAUACAAGUUUCCGUACUACCAAGAGAACCGUCUUCAUUGGAAGAACUCUGUGCGCCACAACUUGACAGUCUUUAGUUGCUUCGAGCGAGUCAUUACAGAGGAAGGUUCGACGUCCCGUGGUUCGAACCGCUGGAGACUGAUUGGAAACUGGAGAUCAAUACUGGAAAAAGCAGAAGCCGUUUCCGUUCGAAAGAGUAGACCAUGCACUCCGAGUAUUGUUGAAGAAUUCAUUAAGAAGAAGAAAAAGCACCAUCACAAGACAUCACGCAUUAAUAAGUUGGAUAUUGUUUCAAGGAGAGAAAAGGACCUGGCAAAGAGAAAGAAACGUGAAAAGGCGAGGAAACUGAGGCUAGCAGCUGGUAUUUGCAGAGUCAACAGGAUGCCUUUAGCAGAUUCAAACCAUCAUGACUUCACUACUCCCGUCAAACCGACCGAAGAACCGCUUCCAUCCCGUAUGUCAACUCCUCCUCCUAGACUCCCUGGUAUCGAAAACAUCUUUCUACCUUCACCUACCCCAAGCAUCUCACCACUAAGAGAACCAAUGAACAUCUGGGAAGAUGCGCCGGACGAUUUUAAUCUUCUAUCCGUUCCUAAUCUCUCCCUCAUUGACGAAAUAACUGACAUAAUCUCCGCUAACGAUGAGGCAAAAGUUCCUCACCUUGAAGCCCAGACGGAUUCUUUAGACUUCAUAUCGCAGUAUGAAUCGGACAUCGACGUCGCUAUCGAACGACAAUCGACUUGGCAUCAAUUUACACCAGAACAGAGUCCAGCGAAAGCGUGGUCUGAGUUGUCGAAGGCAGGCCUCAACGGUUAUGCUUCAUCAGCAAAGAACAAGAACCUCUGGGAUCUUGUAGAUUCUACCGUGAAUCCUGAAUUUUUGGACAUGUAUACCCUUAACGGUGAGUGGUCCUCAUCAAUGAUGACAGGUGACUACCUAUUGGUAUCGUAAGAACAUCUCAUAUAAUAAUGAUGAGUAUAGUUAGAAAUUUGUUUUUAUUUGUUGUAAUAUCUUGUCUGUAUAUAUUAUUAAGUGAUCUAUAAUUAUUUCCCAUUACUUUUUGAGACACAAUGUUUAGUCAUUCUAGUUUGUUAAUUUAUGUAUGAACAAUUUUUUAUCCAAAUUAUUGAUCACCCGUUUCGAUGAUUAUUGUAAGAAAUUCAUAACGGUAUGGUUAUUAAAUCUGUAGUUCGUCAACAAGAUGUUUGAAAUAAUGUGUUAUUAUGCAUUUUGUGGUCGAUAACUUCUUUGUGAUAAUCAAUCAUUUUACUACGAGAUUGCGUUAUUAUCACUAUUUACUGGGUUGUAGAGUCGGCAGUAAACUUAUGUUGAUGAGGUUCGUAAAAAAAUUCGCGACAAUCAUAUUAAGUAAAUACCUUUUUUUAAUAUUCGAAAUGAACGUCACCAUCAGCUGAUUAAUCAAUACCUGCUUUCCCAUUUUGUUUAACUUAUCAAUUCGACCUUAAUACCCCAUUUUGUUUAGGAACACAUACCGUGUAAAUAUAGAGUUGCUAAAGCAUUGAGUUAUAACAAGUUACCUCAUAUAUACUUAUCAUAGUAUUAUGUACUGGCAUUCAAAAGAGAUUCAAAAGUUGCCAUUAAUGAUUACAUAAGACAGGAAAUAUUUUUACAUUUCCAUCCCUUUGUUAUCGAAUAAUUCAACUAAAGAUAAAUUACGCGCACAAUGUGUUGUCGUGUUAUAUACUAAUAUAAGAGUAAAAGAUGUAAAUCUGACGGCAAAUAAUUUUUGUUAAUUACAUAAAUGUGAAUUUUUUGUUCUAAGUAGUCAAUUAAUCCAUUGGGUCCGUAUAGUGCACGAAUUACUCGUUGCCAUUGUAGCAAUACACGGUCAAUUUCUGAAUGUGAUAUGUUUCUUCAUAUGGAUUGGUAUCCACGGUUGCUAGUUUUCUUUCUAUUAAAUACAUACGCAAUGUCGUAAGAAUUGAAUAUGUUAAGUGCCUCAAGAUAGCCAAUGUGUCUGUAAAUACGAAUUUUAAUCAAUACGUACAUGAAAAGCAAUAAAUGACCUUGAAGAAAAAAAAUCAUUUCA